CCCCCCCGCCCCCCCCGCGCCACUGAUUCGAGAGCACAAGGGAAAGGAAGAGGAGGGCGCGAUCCCAUACGUCCACCGGGACUAUGCCCAGUUCGUUGUUUGCGGACAUGGAGCGGAGUGGGAGCGGAGGCGGCGGAGGGGGAGAGACCCUGGAUGACCAAAGAGCCCUGCAGAUCGCCUUGGAUCAACUCUCCCUCCUCGGCUUGGACAGCGACGAGACGGGCUCCCUGUACGAGAACGAGCCGCGCAAAAAGAGCGUGAACAUGACCGAAUGCGUGCCCGUGCCCAGCUCGGAACAUGUCGCCGAGAUCGUGGGCAGGCAAGGUUGCAAAAUCAAGGCGCUGAGGGCAAAAACCAACACCUACAUCAAGACUCCGGUGCGGGGGGAGGAACCGCUCUUCGUGGUAACGGGCAGGAAGGAGGAUGUGGCGAUGGCUCGGCGGGAGAUCAUCUCGGCGGCGGAGCACUUCUCCAUGAUCCGCGCCUCCCGGAACAAAAACACCGUCUUGAACGGCACGGUGCCCAGUCCGCCCAACUUGCCCGGCCAGACCACGAUCCAAGUGCGGGUGCCUUACCGGGUGGUCGGCCUGGUCGUGGGGCCCAAAGGAGCCACGAUCAAGCGCAUCCAGCAGCAGACGCACACCUACAUCGUCACGCCCAGCCGCGACAAGGAGCCGGUCUUCGAAGUGACGGGCAUGCCCGAGAACGUGGACCGCGCCCGCGAGGAGAUCGAGGCGCACAUCGCCAUGCGCACCGGCGGCCUCAUCGAGCUGAGCGACGACAACGACUUCCACGCCAACGGCACCGACGUGGGCUUUGAGCUGGGCGGAGGGGGCGCGGGCACGUCGUCGUCGUCCUGCUCCUACCCGCUGUAUGCCAACGGGCUGGGCUGCCACUUGCCAGGCUUGCCCUCCGACUCCUCGGCCUCUUCCUCGUCGUCCAGUUCUUCCUCCAGCUCGUCCUGCUCCUCGUCCGGGAUGAGGCGGAAAGGCAGCCGCGACUGCUCGGUCUGCUUCGAGAGCGAGGUGAUCGCCGCCCUGGUGCCCUGCGGCCACAACCUCUUUUGCAUGGAAUGUGCCAACCGCAUCUGCGAGAAGACCGAGCCGCAGUGCCCCGUCUGCCACAGCGCAGUCACUCAGGCCAUACGGAUCUUUUCCUGAGAGUCCACGCGCGCGCCCGGACGCGCCUCGGAGCCACCCCUGGCGCGGAGACUCGCCUAUGGAUCGGUCCGUAUUCGCGACGCGCUUCGGAGGCUGCAGUGUCCACACAUCCCAAAAGAGUAAUAAUGAGAACGGUGAUUAAAAGGAAUUGCGAAAAGGUUUAUAAUGCAAGUACUUCCUCCUGAUUGUGUAGAAGGGCCUGUCAUGCCGCACACAUGUACCACAGGCUUGCACAAAGCGUGACUUCGCCUUCAGUCUGAAAGCAGUGCACCAGUCCUUGGGGACCCGCCAACUGCUCCCCUUUUCUAUAGGAGAAUUCCAGAGUCAAGGGUCAGCGGGCACUUUAUGUGACUAAUGGGUUGUGUUAGCCUGAAGGAUACCGUCAAGGCAAGUGUUCAAGUGGCAUUCCUGCAUGUCGAUUGUGGGCUGUGUGCUGCUUCUAGAUAACUGCCUUUCCUGAUCAGAACCAGUGAACUCGGCUUGGCCUCGUGAACUUCGCUGCAACUGUCUGUCUCAAUGUCAAGGUCUCGCAGGCAGCUGUGCAAGGAUAAGGCAUGUAUAGCUUAUUGGGAGAGGAAUUGGCUCUUUGCUUUUCUGAUAUUUUUGCUGAGUGAAACUGUGUUUGACAAGCAGCAAUUUGCUGAGACGAUGCAUUCAGGCUCUUUCUAAGCCAAUUAAAAAUUGUAAUCAAUUAAAUGCUUGGCGUGUCUAGAGAAUGGAAGUCUGUGAAGUCUGUUGAAUGUAUGGCCACCUUUGGGUCUUAUUUCCAAAAGAAUUCCAUCUUGAUUAGAAGAUGCCACCAUUCUCUAUCACCGACAUUCUUGUGCAUGCUGGCCCUCCCUGUUCUAUUCCUGAUCUUCCUGGAUUAGUGAUUGCACAGCUAUUCAAAAAUAAAUCCCACGGAUUCGGCUGGGCUUAUUCCUGGUAGGAUUGGAAAAGAAAAAAAAUGCUGCAGCUGCCCGGAUGGAAGGAUUGGUCUGGUUUGGUUUUCAUAAUAACUCAUCAGUCGAAGAAGCAGCCAAAUCCAAUCUCUUGUAAUUUUAUGCUACUUGUAUGGCUUAUAACGCUGCUGUUGCUGAUAGUAAUAAGUUAUUGUACAAGAAUAGUUAUCUUCGUUUUUGGUAGAUCGUUCCUGGACAAGAGACAUGAAAGAGGGUAUAAACUGCUCAAAAUAAACAAACACGAAUGCAUAAUGAUGCAAGAAAUGAAUUUAUGCAAAUGCUGGUGUGUUUCAGAGGUCUUCAGCCAAGCUUCCUCCCACACAAUGCCUAGUGUUACCUUCAAAAGGCAUUCAGCAAUCCCAUCCUUAACCAAUUCCUGUUUUAAUAAUACCGGUAAUCAUUGUUUCUAUUCUUAUUUUGCAGAAAGAAAGAUGAUUAGGAAGGGUCAUAACAAAUGCAGGAUGACAAUAGCUGUAUCCCCAAGUCUGGUGCUGCAAGUGGGGCAGGGCAAUUGCACAAUCAAAACCUUCUUCAGAAACACCUUAGUCUUCAAGAACUACAGAACCAGGUUUUAAGGAAG